AUGGAUGCGAAUUCCAGUGACCAGUUCAACCCACCCUACGUGACAGUGCCAGCGACAGAUGUAUACUACAGUUACGCUGAACGGCAGAUUCUAGCCGCCGUCAUCGGUACAACGGCUAUACUUGGGGUGACCGGUAACGCUCUCGUCAUUCUAGCUGUGUUGUUAUCGCGCAAGCUACGUCACACCACAAAUUACUUCGUUCUCAACCUCAGCGUAGCCGAUCUCCUGACUAGUCUGGAUCUGCCUCUGAUAGUCUUGAGUCUCCUCAGGGGUGAGUGGCCGUUGCCAGACCCCAUCUGCGUCGGAUCGGCCAUCGUAGUUCUGACCUGCUUAACGGUCAGCAUCAACUGCCUGACCUGCGUCGCGUUGAACCGGUACAUUCUGAUUACAAAGCCGAUUACCGUCUACCGUAAAAUCUUCACGUCCCGACGGACGGCUAUAGCAAUAGCCUUCUCGUGGUUGUUCCCCCUAAGCGUUCUCCUGACCGCUGCAGGUACCGGCUUCAUCAAACUCGGGUUCGACCCGGAGUUCUUCGUCUGCACCUGGAUAAUCUCACAAUCGAACCCGGGUUACUACUUGGUGUUCUUCUUCACAGCGAUGGUGGCUCAAUUCAGCGCCAUUCUGUGGAGCUAUGUGUGUGUUUUCCGCCAUGUUCGGAAGCACGCCCGUGCGGUCGGGCACAUGGAGGACGGGCCUACCGCAUCAGUGGCUCCCCAAGCAAGCCGACGGAUCGAGACCGACGGCCCUACUGCGUCCAACGCCGCUCCCGCUGCCCGUCGGGAAAGGAGGCACCAGAACAAACUCCAAAUCGACGUGACUAAAAACCUCUUCUUCGUGGUGUGUGUCUUCACACUUUGCAUAUCUCCCUUCGGGUUGAGCCUCGUUCUUCAGCAGCACGGACGGAGACUUUAUCCCGUUGGGGCCACCAUUCUUGCCUGUAACAGUUGUGUGAAUCCUAUCAUUUACGCGGCAAAACAUCCGCAGUUUCGCUCAGUUUUCAAAGCCAUACUUCUCUGUAGGUUUUCAGAGAUCCCGGAAAGGGUGCGUUUUUGUUAG